AUGUCUGUGCAACCAGGAUCUCUCGUGCUCGUGACUGGUGCUACCGGCUACAUUGCCGCUCAUGUCUGUCAACAGCUGCUCGAAAAGGGCUACAAGGUCCGGGGAACUGCUCGUGAUUUGACCUCGGAAAAGUCAACGCACCUCAAGGACCUCUUCAAGCAGCAUGGCGACAAGUUUGAGCUUGUCCAGGCAGAGGAUCUCGAGAUUGACGGAGUCUUUGAUGAUGCAGUGCAGGAUGUCGAUGCUGUGCUGCACAUUGCUAGUCCAUUUCACUUCAAGGUCGAGGAUCCAUACAAGGACCUCAUCAAUCCUGCCGUUAGCGGCACCAAGUCUCUCUUGUUUUCUGCAAAGAACAAGGGAAAGAAAGUCAAAAGUGUAGUCAUCACCUCUUCGGUGGCUGCAAUCUACGGUCCACAGGACAAGGGACACGUCUACACAGAGGCCGACUGGAAUGAUGCCUCCGUCAAGGAGAUUGAAAAGACAAAGGGCAGCGAUGACUUCAACAAACAAACCGCUUACCGCGCAUCCAAGACGGCAGCUGAGCGUUUUGGACAGCAAUUUGUCAACGAGGAGAAGCCCACCUUCGCCGUGAGCUGGGUUAAUCCGGCCUUUGUCUUUGGUCCUGCUAUCCACUUCAUCAAGGACACGGAUAGCAUCAACACCUCUGUGGCUAUACUCAUGAACUACUACUUGUCGCCCGGGGAGAUCUCCGCCAACGGCCCGACCCAGUCGUUCGUGGACGUCCGUGAUGUGGCCACGAUGCACCUCGAUGCCAUGGAAGCAGGCGACAAGGUGAACAAUCAGCGUUUCAUUUGUGUCUCUGACUGGUUCACCUGGCAGCAAGUUGUCGACAUUCUUGCAAAGAAUUACCCAGACAGGAAGCAAGCUUCAGGUGGACCUGGUGCAGGGGUCAAGGAGGUGCAAUUCACGAGCGACAAUUCCAAAUCGAAGAAGAUUCUCGGCACCAAGUACAUUGGCCUUGAGAAGUCUGUCAUUGACACCGUGGACUCGCUGAAGCAGUUUCACUGA